GCAACUUUCCUAUAUAAAAGACCGAGUCCCUCACUCUCGCUUCUCUAUAUCCUAUUCUCUGUUUCUCUGUGUCUGUUUAGCUUUCUUUCUGGUAAAGAGAAGCAAAAAUGGGUGCUAUUGAUUAUCUCUCCAACUUUUGCACUGUCACCAGCACAAGAAGCAAACGCAAACCAAUGCAGACAGUUGAAAUCAAAGUGAAGAUGGACUGUGAUGGAUGUGAAAGAAGAGUUAAGAAUGCUGUUUCCUCCAUGAGAGGAGUAAAGACAGUGGAAGUGAACAGAAAACAAAGCAGGGUAGUAGUAAGUGGAUAUGUUGAUCCAAACAAGGUGUUAAAGAGAGUGAAGAGCACAGGCAAGAGAGCUGAAUUUUGGCCAUAUAUACCUCAACAUUUAGUGCACUAUCCAUAUGCAUCUGGUGCCUAUGACAAAAGGGCACCCGCGGGCUAUGUUCGAAAUGUUGUGCAAGCUUUUCCUGCCUCUACUGCGCCUGAGGACAACAUUGCCUCUAUCUUUAGCGAUGAUAACGUCCAUGCUUGCUCUAUUAUGUAAUUGAUUAAUCUUUUCUAAUUUAGUUUCUUAAACUAUUGUUAAAAUGGGUUGCUUUCCUUUUUUCAAGCAAGACCUUCUUAUAAUAUAUUUAUAUAUCUAUCCCUAUUAAUGUAUUAGUUUAUACUUUUA